GGCGGUAACUACAAUCGCUUGUUUAUCUGUGGCGAAGAAGCGAUUCAGUUGCCUUGGGGACGGCCGCUAAGUCCACGAUCUGGUUGGAGUUCAUAAAUAAACAGAUCUUUCCAUCACAUAUCUUUUAAGCUGUAUCAAUAUUAACUUCAAGUUCAUGGCACUGAAAAAAUACCAGGGAGCCCCUUUUGGCUGCCAGACAGCAAGAUUUGAUGUGACAGGGAUUUAUCCUGACUCCAAGAAACCAGGAACAUACACAGAGGUGCCUUACUGCAAGAUUGCUAAUUCUGAACUGGAAAGAAGGUUGGGUCCUGGAACUUAUAAUAUUGAAAAAGGAGACUUCAGUGCUGGUGUUGUGGAAAGAAAGGCCUCUGGACCAGGGUGGGCAAGAGCCGUAGAAACUGCAAAGCUGGCUCAGAUGCCACAUUUACUUUUCAAGGAUCUGUGGGAUCAGAAGAAAUUUCUGAAAAGAAAACUUGGCCCUGGAAGUUAUAAAAUAGAUGACUUUAUAGAGGUCACACAGAAGAGACCUUUAAGUGUCAGAGGUAUUUGUGACACCAGAGAAGAGAGAUUUAGAGAACAGUUUAAGUUUUGUACUCCAGGUCCUGGCACGUAUGGUAAAGGAGGUGUCCCAUCUGCGGUUAUGGAGGAGAAAGCCAGCCGUUCUGCAGGAUCUCGUGGUAUUCUGGACAGUGAUUCAUCCAUUGAUCGGUCCCCUAUUACUAUAGGCUGUGACUUAGGGCCAGGUACUUACAACUUAAAGAGUUCCACAGACAUGCUGCUAAACCAUGUGGUUGGCAAACGUGGUCCCUAUGAUCUUUUCACAGGAGAAAGAGCAACUCCAAUUUGUUAUGGAUAUUUUGCUGCACCAAAACAGACUAAGAGCCCUGAUGUGUACAAGGUUAAAAGUUUUGUUGAAGAACUGAAUGAGGAUGGAAAGAAAAAACAUGGAGUUUUUGGUUCAUAUCCACAGUUUCCAUCUCCUCCCACAGAACGAAUCUACCAUUCUACAUUAUCCCAGUGUCCACGCCCACCGAACUCUCCAGGCCCAGGCCGGUAUGAUACAAAACCUUUGUCACAUCCAGAGAACCAAAAACAACCUCCAUUCUUAUCUUCCAUAGAUAGAUUUGACAGCAAGGCGGAAAAAUUCUUCACUGGAAAUUUUAAUCCAGUUGGUCCUGGUCGCUAUGAAGUGCCUAGAUCUCCAAGCAGUAAAACCCCAAGGACUUAUAAAUCAACUUUUCUGUCUAAAACACACCGUUACCUAUAUGACCAAGACAGGGAUAGAUUUUUACGAGAGAGAAUCCAAUGCCUCAGCCUUCCUGUGGAAGAGAGAAGUUUCUCAAUUUCACUUGGAACACCACCAGCAGAUAGGCCAGCUCGAGUCAUUGCCACAGCAUAGAGAAGCACCAGUCGAUACUUAAUUCACUUUCCAGUAAGGAGACUGUGAAAAAAAGAAUCACUGAAUGGAAGUACAAUAUGUCUUGCAAAGCAGCCUGCUGUAUUAUUGUUGAAUAUUUACUCAAAGAAAAUUUGCUUUACACAACAUUGUUGACUUCUCUUUACUGCAUAUUUCAGCUUUUUCCCAUGUUUCCACAGAAUUACAACUUUUACACAAGACUGUUGUCUAGCACUGCCUCAUAGGCCUUGUUUAUAAUACAGAAUUCUCAGUAGUUAGAUGCUUUUAAAAAUAAUUUUAUUACUUAAGUGUCUUCAGUCUUGUUAUAGAAAGUGAAAUUGUGACUGGAUAUAUCAUGGAAAAUGUGAGAAACAACUCAUGGUAUGUAUCACUGCAAAAUGUAUUCUUAACAAAUAAAAUAUAAAAAAAAGGAAAAUAUA